AUGAAGCUUAGUAUUUGGGACAUGUUAUCUACAUGGCCGCACCAUGGUGGGAAAAAGAAAGCUGCAUCAGUACUUCUUGGCUUCGGUUUUUUUCUUGGAACUGCCGUACUUGUUCUUACAGUUAGUAGCUUCAUGUUCCCAUCUAUUUUUCCUUCACCAAGUAAUCCUUUGCUUAAAGACAAUCUCGAUAGAUACUAUCUCAAAUUUGGAUCUCCCCAUUGGCAUCACUUCCCGAGUAGUACAACUUCUAAUACUCCGGCAAAAGAUCCCUCUACCUUGAAUAAUCAAACCGAAACGUCUCCUACGAGAAACAGUACUGAAAAUUCAAGUGCUGAUACCGGGGAGAAUUUCGUUUCAACUACAACUGCUCCGGCAGGGAACUCCAGUGCAGGAAAUGUUUCUGAAAACUCAAAUAUUGAUGUUGCGGGAAAAUUGGUAGAUACCGUGGAGGAGUCUGUUCCUCCGAACUCAACUAAUUUUUCUAGUGAUUGUGAUAUUUUUGAGGGGGAAUGGGUAAUGGUGAAAGAUCGGAAACAGUAUUAUGCUCCGGGUUCUUGUCCUUACCUUGAAGGACAAGCUUUUGAUUGUCAUGGUAAUGAAAGACUUGACGAUGAGUACAUUAAUUGGCAAUGGCAGUGGCAGUCUCACCCAAGAAAUGCAGGUUGCAAGAACAAUAUUAUACCCAGCUUCCUCAAUGCAACCGAUUUCCUAGAGAGAAUGAGAGGAAAGAAAUUGGUUUUUGCAGGAGAUUCUUUGAAUAGGAAUAUGUACAUGUCUAUGGUGUGCAUACUCUGGAGCGCAAUUCCGGACAAGAGCAGAGUUGUUAGGCCAUCUGGAGAUUUCACUACAAUAUACAAGGCAAGCUUUGUAUAA